AUGGCUUUUCGCCAGCUGCACGGCGCAGCUAAGCUACAGGAAGUCACCCAGUUACUGAGCUCCCUCGAAAAGGACUUGGAAGAGAAGCAGUUGACACCGGCGCAAAAGGUCAAUACACUUCUCCAGCUCCGCCAACAUGGUACUAGCCCCGCCAAUGCCGACCCGAUUUAUUCCAGCAAGGGUAUUAGAAUUCUAGUACAAUAUGGGGUGCAAGGAGAGACAUCAGACGUGUGUCGUGCUGCCCUGAGAUGUGUCGCAAAUGCUUUACUGCUCGAUGCGAACAUGCGCCAAGUCUUUGUGGACACAGGUUAUGGAGGCAAGUUGGCUGAAAGGCUCAAGGUUGACAACUCCGAAGAUGAAAUGAUCGCUAGCAGAAUUCUCUUCCUAUCAACUUAUAACACCACCAUGGAUUUUGAUGACUUGAUCAAGAACCAUUCCCUCGGGGACAAUGUCAAUUAUCAACUCACUCGACACGCAAAACAAUUUCCCAAGUCCGGACGAGAGCCUCUGUCACAAAUGGAUGAAUUGGCUCUCACUGAUACACUCAAAUUGAUUUUCAACGUAUCAAAGCUUUAUGACCUUGGGACCGCCUUUUCGCCCUCCAUCCCUGACAUCUUGAAGAUCAUUAGCCGCAUUGACAUAUCAUCAAAGCCGUUAGAAGGCCUAACCAGCCAGCUCAUUAACUCACUCUCCGUGCUUGACCUGGAAGGGAAAAAGGGCAAGGUCAUCGAGGAAAACCCGUUGUUCCCCUCAUUUGACCAGAACUGUAAUGUUGAUAAAUUGAUCGACAUCCUUGAUCAGGCGGUCUCUGCAUACAGUAAUGAGGAGCUGGAGGAGAAAGCUGUGCCGUUAUUGCAUACCCUAAUCAUCACUUACGAGCUUGCUCCUGAUGAACAGCGCAAGCACAUGCAAUCGCUACUCCUGCCAGAGGACAGCGAUCGCAGCGAGCCCAUCGGACGUUCCGAUACUCUUGCAUCCCGGCUCUUGAAACUUUCGACAGGCCCAUAUCCAAAUCUCAAAACCGGAAUUUCCGAACUGAUGUUUGUCUUAGCUGGGAGGGAUGCUGAGAACCUCACCCGGAAGAUCGGCUAUGGAUUUGCAUCGGGCUUUUUGGCAUCCCGAGGGAUGGAGAUCCCACAGAGUGCCAGUGAGGCCUUUGCAGAUGACGCUAACGGCCUCGGUGAUAGUGUCAACCCUAUCACUGGACAGCGAUGGGCUGCAGAGCCGAAGGAUACUGGCCCACCUAUGACCAUGGAAGAGAAAGAGAGAGAAGCAGAGAGACUAUUCGUACUCUUCGAAAGAGCGAAGGCAAAUGGUCUUCUGAAAGUGGAGAACCCUGUGACCCAGGCUUUCCACGAAGGAAGGUUCGAAGAACUGCCAGACGACGCUGACAGCGAUUGA